GGAAUGUUUUUUCUCCCCAGUGAUAUUUACCAUGUGAUUUUCAGAAUCCAGAAUUUUGUUUUGUUUUUGAAAAUUUUGAAAAUAUGAAACCAAGAAUUCUACAACCACGAUGGAUAAACCAGAUGAUCAAUCGGCAGCAAAAAUUUUCAACAGAAUUUAAUCAAUUAAAUCAUACAAAACAAUUUCUUACAUCAAAUCAAUGUCGACAAUCAUUUAUUGAUUAUUUUGUUAAUGAACAUAAACAUGAAUUUUUUCGAUCGAGUCCGGUAAAACCAUUACAAAAUGAUCAAUCAUUAUUGUUUGUUAAUGCCGGUAUGAAUCAAUUUAAAUCGAUAUUUAUGGAAAAUAAUGAUGAUUUGAAUGAACAAUUGAAACGAUUACGACGUGUUGUAAAUUCACAGAAAUGUAUUCGUGUUGGUGGAAAACAUUGUGAUCUAGAAACAGUUGGAAAAGAUUUUACACAUCAUACAUUUUUUGAAAUGUUAGGAAAUUGGUCAUUUAAUGAUUAUUUUAAACAAGAUGCAUGCAGUAUGGCAUGGAAUCUUUUAACAAAAAUUUAUUGUAUCGAUCCAAAACGAUUGUUUGUAACAAUAUUUGCCGGUAAUGAAUCAUUAGGUUUAGAAACCGAUCUUGAAACAUAUGAAAUAUGGCGUUCGAUUGGUGUUCCAAAAAAUCGAAUAUUAUCCUUAGGUAUGAAGGAUAAUUUCUGGGAAAUGGGACAAACUGGCCCUUGUGGAAUAUGUACCGAAAUACAUUAUUUAUUAAAAGAACCGAAUGAUAAUGAUGUUGAUAAUAAACAAUUUAUGAUGGAUAAUUCAAUGGAAAUUUGGAAUCUAGUCUUUAUACAAUAUUUUCGUGAUCAAAAUGAAAAUCUUAAAAGAUUGAACAAAAAUUUUGUCGAUACUGGUAUGGGUUUAGAACGAAUACUUUCAUUAGUACAAAAUGUACCGAAUAAUUAUGCAACCGAUUUAUUUACACCAUAUUUUCAACAAUUACAAAAUCUAUGUAAAUGGCCCAAAUAUUCACAUCGAUUAAUGGAUGAAAAAGAUAUUGCUUAUCGUAUUUUAGCUGAUCAUUCACGAAUGAUUUCCAUUGCUAUUGCCGAUGGUAUUGAACCAUCAGAUCGUGGUGCUGGUUAUCUACUUCGACGUGUUAUACGUCGUGCAAGUGAUUCAUUAAAAACUUUGACAAGAAUUCAAUCACUGCCGGUGAAUGUUUCCGAAACGGAUGUAUUUCUUUUGGCAGCCGAUACAACUAUUAAGAUUCUUGGUCAAGCAUUUCCCGAACUGGAACAACAAUCAACGAAAAUAUUCCAAAUUAUUGAUGAAGAAUUACGAUUAUAUUCAACAGCAAUAGCAAGAAAUACAUUUAUACUGAAAUAUUCUAAAUUAUUACAAAUAGAAAUUAAUGAAAAUUAUGAUCAUAAUCAAAUGGUGAUAAUCGAUUGUAUCGAACGAAUUGAUAGUCGGAUCGAUAUAAUUCGAAAAUUUCAAUCGAAAAAAAAUUUUCUUGAUAAUCAAACUGAAAUCGAUCAAAUACGUAAAGAUUUACAAACAGUUCAGGAUUUAAUUACAAAUGAUUUAACAUUAUCACAACGUUUUGGUUUAUUUACAGAUAAAAUUGAUAAAAAAUUUCAACAAUGUGAUAUGAAAUUAAUUGAAUUGGAAAAUGAAUCGAAUGAAAUUAUUGAAAAAAUUAUUCAACAUUUUCAAUUGGAAGCAUCAAAACAUAUGCUGAAAAGUGAUUCAUAUACAAUCAUUUCAUUGUUAAAUAUUGAUUUUAUACCGAAUUUUGAUGAAAAUUUAAAAGAUUUUCUAAUGAAAAUUGGUCUUGAUCUUUAUGGCCAUAAUCCAUUGGUAUUAAUAAUGAAAUUUGAUCGAUCAAACAUUCAAAUACAGUUAUCAGUACCAUCAGCAUUUCAAUCAAAAUUAGAUGCACAUUCAUGGUUUCAAAUGGCUAUCGAUAGUAAUCAAUUUGCAAAUAUCGUACAAUCGAUACCAACAAAACGAUUGAAAAAAAUGUCAAAAUUUCAGUUAACAAUCGAUACAAAUGUAGAAAUUAUUGUAGAUAAACUUGUUAAAAAUUUACAAAAUAUAGGUGAAAAAUAUUUUUAAAAAUAUAUUUUAAAAUAAAUUUUAUUGAAUUUCUCAGGAAAAAAAAUUUUCUUAUUCCAAUAUUGGAUGAUCGAUUAAUUGGAUUUUCGAACCACGUUUAUCCAAUUCAAAAAUAUGGAUUACAUUUUCACCCGACCGCAAUAAUGGA